AUGGCUCGUAUAGCUUUUCGUCCAGCUGCACCAAUCGGGUUGAGAUUUCUUUCUACUCCAGUAGAGCCCAAAAAGAAAGCACAAACUAUUGUUGAUGCCUUGCCUGGAAACAACUUUUUAACCAAAACCAGUGUUUUAGCAACCUCUGCUGCUGCCACCAUUUACGGUUUGUCCAACGGGUUAAUCAUCAUACACGAUGAAACAAUCUUGGUCGUUACAUUCUCCAUUUUCGCUGCGUUAUGUGUCAAGUUCAUUGCGCCAUUAUAUACCGAAUGGGCUGAUGGAGAAGUUAAAAAGGUAAAUGACAUUUUGAAUGGUGCUAGAAACAAGCAUAUUGAAGCUGUUGAAAACAGAAUCAGCUCAGUUGGAGAACUAAAAGACGUUGUAGCUCAAACCAAAGAUUUGUUUGCCGUAUCUAAGGAAACUGCUAAACUCGAAGCUGAUGCCUUUGUCUUGAAGCAAAAAUUGGAAGUUGCUACAGAAGCAAAGAAUGUAUUGGAUUCAUGGGUCAGAUUUGAAAACCAACAAAGACAACUUGAACAAGAGCAAUUGGCUAAAUCUGUUAUUGACAAAGUCAACAAGGAGAUUGAAGAUCCAAAAUUCCAGGAAAAAUACUUGCAAGAAGCUUUGAGAGAGGUUGAAAAAGUUUUUGCAAAAGCUUAA